GGUGGGUGGUCUACAUGGCUGGCAGCCUGUUUGGAAGACUCUCCCUGGAGGAGGAGGAGGUGGAGGACUUUGUCAUGUCCCUGGAGGGCCUGGAACUCAGUGGGGAAGCCAUGCAGCAGGUUCUGGACACUCUGAGUGACAGCACCAGCUCCACCAUCGCCAAUGACCUGGACCUCAUCUUCCUCAAGGGCAUCAUGGAGAGCCCCGUGUUCCCGUCUCCCUGCUACCCUCAGGCCCAUGAGAACCUGGAGGAGUCCAGGCUGGAGGCGGUGAGUGACAACAACAUGGAGCUGGUGCAGGACAUCCUGAAGGAGCUCACUCCCCUCACACACAGGAACAAGGCUGCAGACGAACUGGCACGCAUACUGAAGGAGCCACACUUCCAGUCUCUCCUGGAAACCCAUGAUUCGGUGGCAUCCAAGACCUUUGAGACUCCUCCUCCCAGCCCCUGUUCCUUCAUGGACGCUGCCUUCAACACCCAGCCUGUUGCCCCAGACGCAGUCAGGAUGGUGGGCAUCCGCAAGGUGUCUGGAGAGCACCUGGGUGUGACGUUUCGGGUAGAGAGCGGAGAGCUGGUGAUCGCCCGCAUCCUCCACGGCGGGAUGAUCGACCAGCAGGGCCUCCUCCACGUUGGUGACAUUAUCAAGGAGGUGAACGCGAAAGAGGUGGGCAAUGACCCCAAGGUGCUCCAGCAGAUGCUGAAAGAGGCCAGCGGCAGUGUGGUGCUCAAGAUCCUCCCCAGCUACCAGGAGCCUCACACCCCACGCCAGGCGUAUGUGAAGUGUCACUUUGACUACGACCCGUCCCAUGACAACCUAAUCCCCUGUAAGGAGGCAGGCCUGGGCUUCAGUAGUGGAGACAUCCUGCAGCUUUUCAACCAGGAGGACCUCAACUGGUGGCAGGCAUGUCACCUAGUGGGGGGCAGUGCAGGCCUCAUCCCUAGCCAGCUACUGGAGGAGAAGAGGAAGGCUUUUGUCAAGAGAGAUCUGGAGCUGGUUACUACAGGUCCUCUUUGUUCUGGAAUGGGUGGGAAGAAGAAGAAAAAGAUGAUGUAUCUGACAACCAAAAAUGCAGAGUUUGAUCGGCACGAGCUGAGGAUCUACGAGGAGGUUGCCAAGGUUUCCCCGUUUCGCCGGAAGACGUUGGUUCUGAUUGGAGCACAGGGAGUGGGCCGCCGCAGUCUAAAAAACAAACUGUUGGUGUCAGACCCCCUGCGCUACGGGACCACCAUCCCCUUUACUUCGAGGAAACCCAAGGUGGAUGAGAAGGAUGGACAGAUGUAUUCGUUCAUGACUCGCACUGAGAUGGAUACGGACAUUAAGAACGGACGCUUCCUGGAGCACGGCGAGUACGACGGGAACCUCUACGGCACCAAGAUCAACUCCAUCCAUGCGGUGGUGGAUGCUGGAAAGAUCUGCAUCCUGGAUGUCAACCCACAGGCACUUAAGGUUCUGCGGACAUCAGAGUUCCUUCCCUACGUGGUGUUUAUUGAGGCUCCAGAUUACGAGGUCCUCAAAGCCAUGAAUAAGUCUGCCAAAGAAGCCGGAGUGAUGACUAAGCAGUUAACGGACUCUGAGCUGAAGAGGACAUUGGAUGAGAGUGAGAAGAUCCAGCGUGCCUACGGACAUUUCUUUGACCUGAACAUCAUCAACGACAGCCUAGAGGGGGCCUUCUGCGGCCUGAAGACGGCACUGGAGAGACUGAGCUCAGAGCAGCAGUGGGUUCCUGUCAGCUGGGUCUUCUAAAGGCCAAUCAAUCAGAGGUCAGGGCUAGAGGUCAGGAGGUCAGAAUAGGGGUCAAAGGUCUGAGGAGUUGGCAGGUUGAGUGGGACCAAUUAGGAGAGAGUAAAUUGUAAAAGAGGUUUAGUUCUGUUUCCCUUGUUUUGUAGGCUAAAAAUGAGCCUCAAAUUUGCAUCGUCCAAGUCAUGAAAACGUGGUCAUUUAAGAUAAAUGUGAAAUUGUAUACUCUACCAUAUGAUGGAUUUCAAUGUAUUUGAUGGCCAAGAAGAAGCAUGAAGCCGAAAAGUGAAAUCCGUUUCAUUAGAACUACAAAUCUUUCGGCAGCUCGCCAGGUCUACAAUUCUUUUUUUUUGCAUUAAAAAAAAAAAAGUACCGGCUGGCAAUGUUCAUUAACAAAAACAGCGUAAUCUAAUAUACAACACAUCAAACAGCCUGUAAGUAACGAGUUCUUCCUGUGAGAGUUAGCUACUGCGUGAUCUUUUUUGUCAGCCCACAUCCGGAAGACCCUGGAUAAAAAUGUGUUUUAAACACUUAUUUGAUAGUGAGGGACACAUUCAACCCGACAUAUCAUACGUUUUGUUCCUUGACAUUAUGGAUCUGCAUUUGUUGAUGGGAAAUGUUUUUUGUUGGUGAAACCCGAAUAGUUUACGUUUGUUUGAUGAAGGGAUCCAGGCUACAGUUCUUUCCACAACUUGGCAUCAAUAAAGAGUAAAAGUACAAAUGUUUCAUGUAAAUCUUAAUAGAAAUGCCUAUUAGCAGGACGAAACGAGUAAGUUCUCGGCUAGAGCAUGCAUGCUCCGGCAUGCUGUCAAAGCAGCAGGAGACGAAGUUCAAAAGGAGACUUUUCUACCUUUCUGCCAUGUGUCUUACUUCUUGAGCGUCAAAUAUUUUUAGAGAAGGCAUUGAUAUGACUAAAUCACGAAUAUGAAUAUGAUGUUAUGUCAUAAAUAUCUUAAAUCACAUUGUUUUCCUGAAUUUGAUUAUAAAGUCUUCAUUACCAUUCAAAAGAUCUGGGCCCGGUUUCCAAUAGUUUCCCAAUAGUAACUUAGGCAUGCGAGUGUUUUAACAUUUCUAUCGUUCCUACAACGGCCGAAUAUGUAACAUGCGUUUCCCAAAACACCACGCAGAGAGAAUGUUUGCUAAAUGCGUCGUUGGAGCGGGUGUCGAUACUGAUGGGGUCGAAAGAAAGGCAGUGCUGCUCUCGGAUCAGCUUUAGAUUUCCACAUAUGGCAGCAAAUAUUGAGGCUGCUUAUUCUAACACGUAUCCAAUAAUAAUGCACAAAAUUUGGCACAUCAUUGCACAUGUUGCUACACAUAAUGACAAAUAGUGAGGCCAAAAUUACAAAGAGUAGCUUAACCUAAAAUAUAACUGAUUGAACAUAAAAUGUAUUUCAGUAUGAUUGAAAUACUGUAUAUAGGUGUUAGUGUCGUCGUUGUGGAAAUGACCGGACCAAGGUGCAGCCUGGUUGGCGUACAUUUUCCUUUAUUUAUGUAAAUGUCGCCAACAAAACAAGAAACAAAGAAACGACCGUGAAGCUUACUAGGGCUAUAGUGCCACUAACAAAGAUAACUACCCACAAAAUACAAAGGAAAAAAGGCUGCCUAAGUAUGAUUCCCAAUCAGAGACAACGAUAGACAGCUGUCCCUGAUUGAGAAACAUACCCGGCCAAAACGUAGAAACAGAAAACCUAGAAAUAAAGAAACUAGAAUACCCAAAAUAAAGAAUAAAUGCCUCUCUAUGGCCAGGGCGUGACAAUAGGCCUAUUCAGCCUAUAUUAUUUAUCUUUUAAUGCAGUCAUCUUAGUUUUCAUUUGAAGCAUUGUUUGUCAUUUGCUUGGUUGUAACAAUUGCAAAGACAUUGGCCAACGUUGUAUUUGUAGUCGACUUUGUUGUGAAAUUAUCGGUGGUCACAGAGAGACAGCUAAACAUCUUAACUCUAUGUUUAGCGGAGAUCUCUGUAUGAGUGGGUGGUUAAGAUAGCGCCGACGAAGGGCGCCUCGCCUCGAGCUCUGAUUAAACAGGUUUCUACUUUU